GGUCCUUUUUUUCAAGGUGUCUAAAAUGAAGUUUUUGCAGGAAGAUCCCCUAAAAUUAAGGUGGAUAAAAGCUGUUUUUCAGUGUGAUCUUCUUGUUAUGAUAGAAGUGUAUUGUGUGGCUUCUGAAUAGUUAUUAUUCUGUGUGUUUGUGUGUGUUUGGAGCCCACUCAUCUCUCUGUUUUAUCUUCUGCACACACGUGGGGGCGUGACCGGGGCGUGGCCUCCACUGCUGCGUCAUCUUAUCAGGAAGAAACCCACCAGUUGACUCUUUUGGCUCGGAGACGCGGGGUCGGUUACAUGCUGGAUGAAAAAGCAAGAAUUUAAGGUGGAGACUUAACAACCAGUCUAUUUGUCAGUGCAUUAUGCCUGAUCAAAUGUCGAGGCCUUUAAUCCGCGACAGAGGUGAAGGAGGAGGCUCCAGGCAUCUGGAAGCCUCCAUGUCUGAAGCUGGCGCUCCCGUUAUCGGCAUUCUGGGAACUGGCGACUUCUCGCGCUCGCUGGCCAGAAGGCUGGUGGCCUCCGGCUACCAAGUGGUGGUGGGGAGCCGAAACCCCAAACGAUCUGCGGCUUUGUUCCCUGAAGAGGCCGAGGUGACAUCACAGCUGGAGGCGGCCAGCCAGGCGGACCUGGUGUUUGUGGCCGUGUUCCCCGAGCAUCACUCCACGCUGGUGGAGCUGAAGCCCACGCUGGCCGGGAAGACUCUGGUGGACGUCAGCAACGGGCUGAGAAUCAACCGAGGCGGGCCUUCCAACGCCGAGCAGCUGGCCGACCUGUUUCCAGAGAGUUGUGUGGUGAAAGGGUUUAACACCAUAUCGGCCUGGGCGCUGCAGAUGGGCCCUCGGGAUGGAAGCAGGCAGAUUUUCCUGUGUGGUAACAGCAGCAGGGCCAAGAGCUCUGUGAUGCAGCUCUGUCGUGGGAUGGGCUUCGUCCCCGUCGACAUGGGCCUCCUCUCUUCUUCUCUGGAGAUUGAAAACCUGCCCCUCUAUCUAUUCCCCUCCUGGAGGGUCCCAAUCAUCUGCACCCUGUCCCUGUUCCUCUUCUUCUACAUGUACAACUUCCUGCGGGACGUCCUGCAGCCGUACAUCAUGGACGGCCAUAACGUUUUCUACAAGAUGCCCAUUGAGCUGGUGAACGUCACUCUCCCCUGCGUGUCGCUGGUGAUGCUUUCUCUGGUCUACCUGCCGGGUUUGUGCGCCGCUUUCCUCCAGCUGUGGUGGGGCACCAAGUAUAACCGCUUCCCUAACUGGCUGGACCGCUGGCUCACCAGGAGGAAGCAGUUUGGACUGUGUAGCUUCCUGUGUGCAGCUCUGCACGCCAUCUACAGUCUCUGUCUCCCGUUGAGGAAGUCUGCACGCUACAAACUGCUCCUCGCUGCUCAAGAGAUUGGGGAGAAGACGGACGUGUGGAAUGACAGCGAGGUGUGGAGGAUGGAGCUCUAUCUCUCAGUGGGCAUCAUGGCCCUCGGGCUGCUCGCUCUGCUGGCCGUCACCUCGCUGCCGUCAGUGGGCAACGCCGUCAACUGGAGGGAGUUCAGCUUCAUACAGUCCACUCUGGGUUACUGCGCCCUGUCCAUGGCCACCCUGCACACACUCCUCUUCGGCUGGGACCGAGCCUUCAAACGGGCCCAGUACCGCUUCUGCCUGCCCCCCACCUUCAUGCUGGUGCUGGUCCUGCCGGUGCUGGUGCUGCUGGGCCGCCUGGCGCUGCUGCUGCCCUGCGUGGCCCGCCGCCUCGGACAGAUCCGCCGCGGCUGGGAGAGGAACCGGCACAUCCGCUUCACCCUGCCGGACGACUGCCGCAACGGGCUGGAGGACAUCAGUGACGUGUGAGACACACACACACACACACAGCUAGAUGUGUGUGUGUGGAGAGCCUUUUGUGUGCACUCACACAGGAGGUAAAUCAUUCAUACGCCCAUGGAAUGUAUUAAAGAUUUCAGAGAUGUGGCGAGCUCUGUGCAACAAAUUAGCUGGAAGUUCCUCCGAUAUUUGACCAGCAGAGCCGCCCUUAUUGCACUAUGCACCGUCACUAAUGAGUCCAUCUUUAUUUAUUGAUACGUGUUGUACUCCUUUAUCCCAGAACUGAAGAACAGUAUUAGCUCCUGGUUUAAUUAAUGCAAAAACGUAUAAUAAUAAUAAACCUACUGAAAAACUUUAGUGCUGAAAGAUUUCCACACUGAGAUAAUCAGAAGGACUCUGGCCUUCCUCUCUCUUUAUUCCUCUUUGUUAAAGCUUUUCAGCUCUUUUCUUUUCUUGCACUUCAAAACAGAUGAUCAGGUUUUUCUCUUCAGCCAGCCUUCAGCUAUUUGCCCACAUGCUAAAUUUGCAACAUUAUUUAAAUUCUGUUUCUACACUGUAAGGCUGGCCAUGGUCUUCUAUCCUGUUACUGGUCAUUUAAAUGAUAAAUGUCUUUAAAAUAGUUAAUUUACUUAGUUUAAUAUAUAUAAAAUAGUUUAUAUGAAAUAACCAGAUGGUGAAUGCUAUUUUUGUAGUUGAAAAACAAUUCCUCUGCAGCAAUCGGAGCGAGAAGUGUCGUCCAAAUGACAUAAUGAUAGCCGUUUUCCAGCAUUGCGAUAGAAAAAUAAACACAAUAGACAUUCUUUAUAUCGUUGUUGAUGCAUAUCUUCAUAUUGCAACAUUUCACUGAUAAGGCUUAGUGUUUCAUAUUCUUUUAUGUUUUAUUUUGCAAAAAAAUCAAUGUGCUGUGAUAUUUAUCGAAACUUUUCUGGACUGUAUGAACAUUAUUGUGGCGGUGAAGGAGUUAAAUCUUAUUUUGAAAAGCAGAACCCGAACGUGCAUUUAUAAAAUGACUUUCUCUCCUUAAUAUCAUAUAAAUAAAUCUAGAUAUAAUCUCAAAAUGAUGCACCAUUUUUGAGUUUAUCAAAGACUUGGAACCAGUAAUAACUUCAAUAGGUGCAGCUUAAAUAACUUAAGAUGAUGUACACCAACUCUAUGCAAAUAAAUAAAAUUAGAAAAUGUAAAAUUACCAUAUGCAUGGUAAAUAAGACAUGUAUAUGUUAUACUUUAGCCAGUUUCUAUGUACCAAAAGGGUCUGCUUGAUGCAUAAGGGAUUUUUUUUCUGUGCACUUAUGCAAAGAAAGGCUUUAAGCAUCUUAGUUACAGUUUAACUUUGCAAGAACAGAUGAUUAAUCCUCUAAUUGUUGUCAACUUCUUCUCCUCAUAAUCUCCAUCAGUCCCUGACUCAGGUGGUGUUUAUUAAAUCUUCUGUGUAAACUGGAAACAGUCUGAAGCCAAACUGCUGCUGCAGAAGCUGCAACAUUUAGUUGAUGUGUUGAUUUUAAUUCUCUCGUACAGAAAGCUGGUUACACACUUACAACUACAAUUAAUUGUCAUUAAAUAACUUCCAUUUUCCUUCUUUUUUUGUGUUUUACUAAACAGACUUCCUGAUAAGUACCCAUUCAUACAUGUAUCAUAUUUCAAAUUCAUUUCUACUGUUUUCAUUACGAGCAUGAAAUACACAUAUCUGUUGUGUGAUUUCAGCCAUUGUUUGUUGCAUUAUAUCCGUUUUUAUUUCCAGUUUUAUGUGUUUUUGCCAAAGAUGAUUCUCCGAUGUUCUCUGAAUCUAAAUGUCAGUCGUGUUGAAUGAAAGCAGAUCUUUGAGUGAAUGUAAAGACAUUUCUAGAAUCUAGAAUAAAGUUUUCUACAACA